GUUUUCAAGAAGGAACUUAAAUAAUUUUAACAUCCUUAAAAAAAAGCAGGAGUUGCUGCAAUAAGAUCAGUUUCAAUGAGGGACAGGGGAACAGAAAUGACUUCAAUUGCAAGCCAAGAGCCUUCUAGAAGUGUGACACGCGUAAGUGCAACAACCCCAAUUAGAAGCCCAACUUCUUCGAUACCUUCGACCCCUCGAAGGGGGGAACCGGCCCCCACACCGACAGAAUAUUCUGGAAAUGAAGCUAUUGAUAGAGACGAACUCGAGCAGAUAGAGUAUGCUAAACGCGCGGUUGCAUGGGAAGAAGCUGAGAAGUCGAAACAUGCUGCCAGGUUUGAACGAGAAGAAAUAAGAAUUCAAGCUUGGGAGAGUCAGCAGAAAGCAAGGCUUGAAGCUGAAAUGAGGAAAAUAGAGGCACAAAUAGAGCAAAUGAAAGCGAAUGCGCAAGCAAAGAUGGUGAAGAAGAUAGCAAUGGCAAAGCAAAAAUCGGAGGAAAAAAGAGCAGAGGCUGAAGCUAGUAAAAAAGAGGCUGAGAAAACAGCAGCACAAGCCGAGUACAUUCGCCAAAUGGGACGAAUUCCUUCCUCUCCAUUUAUCUGCUGUGGUUGGUCGUAACUUAAUAUCGAAACCAAUUUGUUUAAAAGCCAAUUAUGAUUCUCUGCAGAAUAUGCAAAUUAUUAAGGUGGUGCGGUACCAUUUGGAAUAUAGAUUUAGCUUAAUCCGUGUUAAAUUGUUGCUGUUAGAGUAUCGAUUUAUACGUUUUUGUAACUAUCGACAAUCAAAUGUUUCGACGGGACUAGAAUUAGUGAAGUUAUACACAUGCCUUCAUUUACACCUUGUAAAGUUAGGUGUUGUGCCUGCAAAAUAAUUGUGUGUUCAAUGAUGAAAUCAAACUUUCUUGUUGCUCUCA